AUGAUAAGAUUAGUUAGACUAGGGCCAGGGUCUAGUAUAUUGAGAAGACAAAUAGGUUAUAUACCAAAUAGGGGUUUUCCCAUAUUCAGAAAUGUUAAGCCACCUCUAGAAUCCCGAAUUCCGACUGUUUCCUAUAAAUCGAACAAACUUUACUCCACAUCAACAGUAAGCAGCACAAUAAACUCGUCAGCGAAGAAGACAAAAUCAUCAUCAUCAUCAUCAUCAUCUCGAUAUGGUAAAUUUUUUAAGUUUGGUUUAGCUAUUGGGUUAGGGACAACUAUUUUGUAUUACACAAAUGAUUCAUUCAAACAUAUAGUUUUAACUAUUGAUAGAGUCAACACUGUAACUGUUGCUAUGAUCCGUUGUUUUGCCUUAUAUAAAGAAACAUUAGGUGAAACUUAUGAUAGUGAUAUUGAUCGUCAUAAAGCAUUAUCGAAAACACACAAAAAAGCUGCAGAAAUUACCUUGAAAGCAUUAGAGAAAAAUGGUGGAAUAUACAUUAAAUUAGGUCAACAUAUUACAGCUUUAACUUAUCUUUUGCCACCAGAAUGGACAAAUACCAUGCUUCCGUUGCAAGAUAAAUGUCCACAGUCGUCACUAGAAGAAAUUGAAAAGUUAUUUGAAAAUGAUUUAGGUAAGAAAAUGUCAGAUCUUUUCAUUGAAUUUGAUCCAAACCCCGUUGGAGUGGCAUCUUUAGCACAAGUUCAUAUAGCAACUUUGAAAAAUGGAGAGAAAGUGGCAGUCAAAAUCCAGCAUCCAUCAUUAAAGGAGUUUGUCCCCUUGGAUGUUGCACUCACAAAAAUGGUGUUUGAUUUAAUGUAUAAAGUGUUCCCUGAAUAUCCAUUGACUUGGCUUGGUGAUGAAAUGCAAAAUUCCAUUUAUAUUGAAUUGGAUUUUACAAAGGAAGCAGAAAAUGCUCAACAAACAGCAGAAUAUUUCAAAAAUUAUCAACGUGAGACUGCAUUACGUAUUCCAAAAAUAGUCGAAGCCCAAUCUAGAAUUUUGGUUAUGGAAUAUGUUUCUGGUGAAAGGUUGGAUAAUUUGAAAUAUAUGGAACAAAAUAACAUUGAUCCAUCUGAAGUUUCAUCUUGUUUGUCUCAUAUUUUCAAUAAUAUGAUUUUUACCCCUGGUGUUGCCUUGCAUUGUGAUCCUCAUGGUGGUAAUUUAGCUAUUAGAAGUGUCCCUAAAUCAAAACACAACAAGAGUGGACAUAAUUUUGAAAUAAUUUUGUAUGAUCAUGGACUUUACAGAACGAUUCCUCUUCAAAUGAAACGUGAUUAUAGUCAUUUCUGGUUAGCUGUUUUGGAUAAUGAUGUUCCUAAUAUGAAGAAAUAUGCUAUGAAAAUUGCCAAUAUUGGCGAUGAUGACCAAAAAUUCAGAAUUUUCAUGAGUGCAAUUACCGGAAGAGCACCAGAGGAAGCUUUGAAUUAUGAUAUAUCUAGUCGUAGAUCCAAUGAAGAAAUUCAAAAAAUUCAAGGGCAGAUAAAUAAUGAUAACAGGGUUUUGGAAGAUUUGAUGGAUAUUUUGAGUAACAUGCCGAGAAUGGUAUUAUUGAUAUUAAAGACUAAUGAUUUAACGAGGAAUUUAGAUGAAAACCUAGAGAGUUCUUUAGGACCCGAAAGAACUUUUUUGAUCAUGGCAAAUUAUUGUGCAAAAUGUGUUUAUGAUGAGCUGAAAGAAGAAAUAAACCAGAAAUAUCGUGGUUGGAGUUGGUUGACACAUUCUAUUUCAAACUGGUGGUAUUAUCAAAAGAGAUUGAGUACGUUAUAUCUCUACGAUUUUGUGUUGAUGAUCAGAAGACUUACAUUUUAG